CUAAAAAAAUUAGGCGAAAGGGGGGCGAGAAAAGAGGGCUUUUUUUUCCUCCUAACCGCAAGCGAGGAGAGAGAAGGCGGAGGGGGGUGCGAUCGCGAAUAGAGGAGGGGGAAGGGAGAGCGAGAGAGAGUCUUUGCCUGCCCAUGGCGGAGGUGACGAAGAAGGGGGCUCCGAGAUCCAUAGUGAAGGCGGCGAUGGCUGCCCUCUGAGAUGACUCCCCAUCUCCCCUUCCUUCUUCGUCCCAAUCUAUCAUUGGAUUCACUUUUUUUCUGUCGUGCUCUCUGUUGUCGUCCUCGUUUGAUUCCGCUUCGAGUCACGACCGGAGGUGCCGUCGUUUUGACUUUGGAAGAAACCCUAGCCUCGCUGCAUCUUCUUUUCAGAUAUGUCACUUGAGCAUUAUAGUGCUUGGCACGAAUAAAUUUGGUUAGCUGUGCUGUAGUGGCUUUCUACAUUUCAGUGCAGGAUUAGUUGGAGGUACAUGACUUCCGGUAUGAGAUGGUUCUCAUUCUUGCUUGAGACAAACUUUUUGGCAUGGUGAUGGUUAUUCCUAGCCACACCCAGACAGGAGUGUGAAGGUUGUUAAUGAUGUCCUAUAAGAAACAACAAUGGAACAUGAAUUUGAGAAGAGAUUUCCAACUAAUCCUAGAGACUACAAGUUGUAUGAGGAAGUCGGAGAAGGUGUCAGUGCCAGUGUGUACAGGGCUCUCUGUAUUCCACUUAAUGAGAUAGUUGCUAUCAAGGUUCUUGACCUUGAGAAGUGCAAUAAUGACCUGGAUGGAAUAAGGCGUGAAGUGCAAACUAUGAGCUUGAUUGAUCAUCCAAAUGUCCUACGAGCUCAUUGCUCUUUCACAGCAGGUCACAAUCUAUGGGUCGUGAUGCCUUACAUGGCUGGGGGAUCUGCCCUUCAUAUAAUGAAAUCUGCUUAUUCAGAAGGUUUUGAGGAGCCAGUUAUUGCAACUCUUCUACGUGAAGUUCUUAAAGCUCUUGUUUAUCUCCAUUCUCACGGGCAUAUCCACAGAGAUGUUAAGGCUGGCAAUAUCUUAAUUGAUGGUAAUGGAGCUGUUAAACUAGCAGACUUUGGUGUCUCAGCAUGCAUGUUUGAUACUGGAGAUAGGCAAAGGUCACGAAAUACAUUCGUGGGGACUCCAUGCUGGAUGGCUCCUGAAGUAAUGCAACAGCUACAUGGAUAUGAUUUUAAAGCAGACAUUUGGUCGUUUGGCAUUACUGCAUUAGAACUUGCCCAUGGUCAUGCUCCAUUUUCCAAAUAUCCUCCAAUGAAGGUGUUGCUCAUGACCUUACAAAAUGCACCUCCAGGUCUUGACUAUGAAAGGGACAAAAGAUUCUCAAAGUCUUUUAAAGAGAUGGUAGCUACCUGCUUAGUGAAGGAUCCGAAGAAGCGCCCCACAUCAGAAAAGCUUUUGAAGCAUCCUUUCUUCAAACAAGCUCGUUCAAAUGAAUAUCUAGUGCGGACUAUACUUGAUGGCCUGUCUCCACUUGGUGAUCGUUUUGAGGCACUGAAGGGAAAAGAAGCCAAUUUUCUUCUACAGAAUAAGGCUGUUUCUGGCGAUAAGGAACAAUUGUCUCAGCAAGAAUACAUACGUGGAAUCAGUGCUUGGAACUUUAAUCUGGAGGACUUGAAAACUCAGGCUGCUCUUAUUGAGUCUUCAGAUGAGAUAGUCCACUCAGAAGAUGUAGAUAAUAACCACAAGCUAAAGGAUGAUCGUAAUGGUGUUGAUUUUUCACAACAGGUUCUGUCAUCUGAAAGGGCUAACCAUUAUAGCAUCAUGACUUCUGAGGGUGGACCAGAACAUAUUCAAGAUUUGGAAGGUCCAUUUUCCUCCGCAUUUCCUAUUCAUCCUCUUCAGGCACUCAAAGGUUGUUUUGAUGUUUGUGAGGACGAUACUAGUGCUACCAGUCCUGAUUGGAAGGGGCAGUCAACUUCAGAAUCCAUACUCCCAUUGCAGCAGUCAUUACAGGAGGAAGAUGUCAGAACUUGCAGGUGUAAUGGUGAAAAUCUGGAAAGUAGUAGUUCUGUACCCACAGAUAUCAACAUUGUUGGACGCCAGAAAUUCUCAAGUGGUUCCCUUUUACCAGAGCAUGUUCUUUCACCUUAUAGAAAUAAUAGUGGGCAUAUUGACAGGGAUGAUUUACAGUGGAAAUGCCAGCCUGAAAGGAAUCAUAGUGGUCCCUUGUUAUACCGCCAAAUGAAAGAUCCACAUAAUGUUAUAUCUGCAACUUCAUGUGAAGAAUCAUCAGAAGGAAAAAUUGUCCAACGUAAGGGGCGGUUCAAGAUUAUGUCUGCUGAUGUGGGUCCCAAGGUAUCUCCGGUAGCAAACUGUGUGGUCAAUCCAGUAGGUGGAGCACCAACAAAAUCUACAGUCGGCACUGCUUCACUUCUUCCAACGUUGCAAUUUUUAUUGCAGCAAAAUGCUAUGCAAAAGGAACAAUUGAUGAAAUUGAUCAAGUGGGUGGAGCAAACAUCUGGUUGUCAGACAAGUAUUUGUGAUGUAGGCACUAGUGAUUUACCACAGCUAUCUCUAGCUUCUAGUAGGGAGAGGGAACUGCAGGCUUAUCUGGCCCAUCUGCAACAAAGCAUAGGGAAACUUGGUGAAGAGGUGCAAAGGUUAAAGCUGAGAAAUGCUCAGCUAGAACAACAAAUCAAUGAGAGGACACGAAAGGCACAGGGAUGACAUAAACUGCUGCAACACAAUUUGUCAUAGAGAGAAGUACCUUAUUUGCAACUGCUCUGGGUCCUUUCCAUGUAAUAUCUUUGUAAAAUUAUGAUGCCAGGCAGGUUAUGCGCACCCAAUUUUGCAUGGUUCUUUAGGUGGGAAACUAUGUAAUCUUGUAAGUUAAUUGUUAUGUGGUUAAUUCAUAUUAAUUUAUUUGUGCAAUACUUUUGCAUUGGUUGCAUUGCUGCCA